CUGCUUGGCUGGGCUUUCCAGAAAGCUGGCCUCACCACCGCUUUUAGUUCCCCAUUCGGCCAUUGGCAUAGCAGCCACGCUCAGAGCCCAGUGACCUUUGUGGAGGUGAGCGUGGGCUUCUCCAAGGAGGAGUUGGCCCUGCGGGAUCCAGGAUAGAGGCCUCUCUGUACAAGGAAGACAUGAUGGAGUAUUAGGUUGAAGGGCCUCUGAUGUCCAAAUUCGCCCUCGGCUCCUGAAUUAUGGAAAAACAGGGAGAACUGCUUGUCCAAGAGACAUUGACAGCAUGAGAUUUGUGGAACAAAACAAAUGAGAAAGCACAUCAGGCGUUCAAGGAAAGCGAUUACUGGCCAGACAUGGAGCAGAAUGCUGGGAAUCAAGAUGGGUUGGACAAAAUGGAGGAAAACCAAGGAACUAAAGAGAGAAAUAAAUGUCUGGAUGGUGACCUCCAUGCAAUUAUAGUACAACAAAAACUACCCCAAGAAAAGAGAGAGAACAAAUGUCCUGUGUGUGGAAAAACGUUCGCUUGGAAGAUUAACCUUUAUAAUCAUCGCAAAAGCCACACUGCAAAGAAAUGCCUUGAGUGUGGAGAGAGGUUUUGGCAGAGUUCAGCGCUUCUCACUCAUCGAAAGACUCACACAGAGGAGAAACCAUUUAAAUGCUUUGAGUGUGGAAGGAGUUUCCAUAAUCAAGGUGGCCUUCAAGUACAUAAAAGAAUACACACAGAGAAGGAGACAUUUAAGUGUCUGGAGUGUGGAAAGCACUUCACUGAAGCAUCUUUCCUUAAUUCCCAUCAAAAAACUCACACCGAAGGGAUACCGUAUAAAUGUCUAGAGUGUGGAAAGAGCUUCAGGCGUCAAUCAAGUCUUAUGUCUCAUCAAAGAACUCACAUCAAGGAGAAACCAUAUGAAUGCCUGGAAUGUGGAAAGAGCUUCAUCAGAAAGGUGGCGCUUGUUUCACAUCAGAGAAUUCACACAGCAAAGAAACAGCUUGAAUGUUUGAAGUGUGGAAAGAAGUUCUAUUACAAGCACAGUCUUAUUGCUCAUCAGUUAAUUCACAGAGAACGCAACCCAUUUAACUGUGAGGAGUGCGGAAAGAGUUUCUGUUUCAGGAAACUUCUUACUAGACAUAAGGUAAUUCAUGUAUAUAAAUGCACGGAGUGUGGAAGACGUUUCAGUAAGAAGAAGAACCUUAAUUCCCAUCAAAGAAUUCACUCAGGGGAGAAAUGUGGAAAGAGCUUCAUCAAAAAAGAGGAGCUUGUUUCACAUAGAAUUCACACAGGAGAGAAACAGUUUGAAGGUUUGCAACGUGAAAAGAAUUUCUGUCACAAUCAAAAUCUUACUGGUCAAUCAAGUCUUAAGUCCCAUCAAAGAACUCACAUCGGGGAGAAACCAUAUGAAUGCCUGGAAUGUGGAAAGUGCUUCAAACAUAAAAGAAACCUUAAACGCCAUCAAAGAACUCACACCGGGGAGAAACCACAUAAGUGCUUGGAAUGUGGAAAGAGUUUUAGCCGAAAGGAGGAGCUUGUUUCAUGUCAGAGAAUUCACAUGGGAGAAAAACCAUUUGAAUGUUUUCAGUGUGGGAAGAAUUUCUGGUACAAGCUAGAUCUUACUAAUCAUCAGUUUAUUCACACAGUGGAGAACCCAUUAAAAUGCCUUCAGUGUGGACGGAGCUUCACAUAUUGGGGUGCCCUAAGAACACAUGAAGAAGGUCACAAUAUUUCAUAUGAAUGUCUGAAGUGUGGAAAAAGUUUCAGGACGAACAAAAGCUUUUAUUACCAUAAAAGAAUUCAUUUACAGGAGAAAUCGUAUAGAUGCUUGGACUAUGGAAAAAGUUUCGGGAAGAGGAAAAAACUUAAUUCCCAUAAAAAAAUUCAUACAAGGGAGAAACCAUAUAUAUGCUUGGAGUGUGGAAUGAGAUUCUACCAGAGUACUGCCCUUAUUAACCAUCUAAGAACGCAUACAGGGGGGGAAAUAUAUCAGUGCUUCCAGUGCGGACAGGAUUUCAAUCAGAGACAGAGUUUUAUAUCACAUCAAAAACUUCACAUGGAGGGAUUCCCAUAUAAAUGCUUGGUGUGUGGAAAGACCUUCAGUGUAAAGUCAUCCCUUACUCGCCAUCAAAAAUCUCAUAAAGGGACCUCUUCAGAGCAGGAGAGGUCUGAAUCUCCAAAACAUUCUCCUACAGUUCACCUGGGGCAACCUAGCACAUUAGCUGCCAGCAGUGCCUCAUCUGUGGUUCCCAGCAAGCCUUUCAACCCUAUCCCAAGCCCACCUGUAGUUCCAGACUACCUUUCCAUCACCCAUAGCUCAGCAGAACACCAAAGGCAAUGCAUUAGCUGGGAUACUAAGAGUAAUGGUGGAAGUACCCACCUGACUCCCCGAAAACCGUUUCAGCCCAGGUAUAUGUCUGAGAAAGGGCUUACACAGCAACAAGGAUCUAUCUAUGAGGGGGCAGAUCUAGCUGUGGCUACAGGUGAGGCAGACACAGCUGCAACUGCUGAAGCAGGAACAGUCAGAACAUACACUCUCAGUAUUCCCCAGACCUUUAUUUUGUUAACAGUUCCCAUAGAGCUAUCUGACUCCCAGUGUGGGCUGGGGCCAAAAUAAACUAUUUAAGUGUCUGGAGGGUAAACGGAACUUGAGGCAGAGCGCAUCUCUUACUUUCUAUCAAAGAAGCCUCACCAUCAAAAUGUUUCAAAUGCCUUGGCUUAAAUUCCAUGGGGUGAUUCCAUCACAUCAAAUCUAUGUAAGGUAGACUCUGUAUGCUCCUAAAUGUUGUGAAAGCUGUUGUCCUAAAACAAGCCUUAACAGAUAUGGGCGGGUUUCCAUUGGGGGAAGCUCAAGAAAUAUUCUGGCAGUAGAAGAUCUUUUACAACGGAGCAAAUACUAUUCAUAUGUCCCUGUGUGGAAAAUGUGCUUUAUUAAGUUGAAACCUUUGUACAAAUAAGAUUGUUUGCAUAGAAGAGAACUCAUUUAAAUGUGUAGAACGUAAGUAGGUUUUCAUUAAAAGAAUAUACACUGGGAUACCAGUACAAAUGUCUAGUGUGUGGAAAUCUCUUGGAAUGGUUAUUCAUCACACACACAGGUGGUUAGAGUAAUAAUUCCCUGUACUUGUCUUCUGUUUUCCGUUUAAGGACAUAAGUUUGUCAAAUG